GUGCGCAAUGAUUGUCUUUUUGUUAGAGAUGUUCAAGUUGUGCACAGCUUCUGUGGAGUCGCGAUUCAGUUCUCCUAAGGAUGGAAUUUUAAAUGGUUUUUGAUCGGGAGACGACUUGGAAUCUUUCGACACUUGCAUCGUAACUUAUGCUCAAAUAAUGAUUGUUUGGGGUUUAAAAAAAGGAGAAAAAUACAACCUUUCAAAAAAUGACCAACUUUUCUCAAAUGAAACGCCGUCACUGUUAAUAUUGGAAAUAUUCUGAACUGGAAACUCGAUGAUAAAACUUGAAGUGCAGACCCUGUACUCCUUUGCCAAUUGUAUGCUCCACACAGCUCCGUUUCUCAUGGCCCGGCUAUGACAGAUACAAAAUUGAGCCUGCUUUCUGAUGGUAGGCAGUUUUUGGCCAGAUGACCUAUGGUUAUUGUGAAAUUGGUGUUCAAAGGCUGUACUCCGACCUCUGUCUCCGGAUCCUGUCGCCGCAGCGUAGUCGCGACUCCGUGGUGUGUGCUGUGCCAACUCUACGGGCCGCUUUAUUUCGCCGCGCCGAUAUUUGUGCCGCGGCGUUUUCCAAAUUUUCGAAGCUGGCUGUAUAUUUUCGUUUGUUUUCCAUUAGCCGGGUUCACAACGGCAUAAACCUGACCGUGUUGCCUGUUUUCCAUGCUAUGAGUAUAGUUGUAAAAACAACCUAACAGGUUUUGUCUUUUAUAAUUGUAAUCAAGCAUACGGGCAGUGGGCAUUAGCCGUGCGUGGCCGUGCGAACAGGAAUACAAAGCUGAAUGUCAUGGAAGCUGAAGAUUGGAUGGAGAUCAGAGCAAUAUUGGUGAAUGAAUUAUCAAAAACUGAUGACCAAUUUGACAAAGCUGACAUAAUGAGAAGUAUUAUUGCAACCUCAGGAAUCAACAUGGCCUCAAUGGAAGGGAGGGAUGAAAUCAGUGGCCUGAUUCUGGCAGAACACCUGUCAAAGUAUGCAUCAAUUGUAGAUGAUAUUGAUGGUAUCAAUAAUUAUGCAGAUGACUGUCUUGCUCUUUGCAAGUCAGCCAAGAAUGCGGCGGCCCGGAGUACCGACUUCGGUCCUCUGCGGUCAGCGGGAGUCUCUGCCGCCGCUACCGGACCGGCCAGUCUGCCGCGGCCCGCACCUCUGUUCCGCGCAGCUGCCCCUGCCGAGCCGGCUGUCCCGGUCCCGGCCCCAGCCCCCGCCCCGGGGGCCGGUAGGUACCGGUUCCAGCCAGUGCGACCCUCGGCUCCGCUGUUCCCGGCGGCUGGCGGCGGGUCAGCCGGGUACAAUGUGGCGGCCCAGGUCAGGUCCAUGAUGGCUCCCGGCUCGCGGCAGGGCAGAGUGGAGCCGCCGACCGACGCUGACCGCUACCCGCGCGGGCGAGCCGCCAGGGGCAGAGGUUACGGUAAAAGAGCACGCGGCGGCUGGGGCGAUGAUGAAGCAGAGGAGAACCAGGAUCCGGCGCCGCCGCCAGCGUCCUCCUUCAGAACAGCCAAGGAAGAGCAUCUGCUGAACCAGCUGAAGAGCCGCGGCUACACGGCUGAGCAGGCGGAGAAGCGCGUCACCAGCUCUCUGUACGGGGGACAGCGGCGCGGCAGUCUGGGCACCCGCCGCGGCCCGGCCGGACGCUUCGUGCCGCCCGUCAGGGACGCUGACGAGGACAAUCGUCCAUCAGCCGGCAUGGCGUCAUCAGCGGCUGAUCACGGAGGCGGGGGCGGCGCGGCGGGCGCUGAGGUCCUCCUGGACGAGCGGCUCAAGAACAUCGAGCCGCGUAUGGUAGAACUCAUAACCUCAGAAAUCAUGGACCGCGGUCCGCCCGUCACCUGGGACGACAUUGCGGGACUGGAGUUUGCCAAAAACACCAUCAAGGAGAUGGUGAUCUGGCCUCUACUGCGGCCCGACAUUUUCACCGGGCUGCGCGGCCUGCCCAAGGGCUUGCUGCUGUUCGGCCCGCCCGGUACCGGGAAAACGCUGAUCGGUAAAUGUAUCGCCAGUCAGUCUCGGUCGACAUUCUUCAGCAUCAGCGCCUCGUCGCUCACCUCAAAGUGGGUGGGCGAGGGGGAGAAGAUGGUCCGAGCGCUGUUCGCUGUCGCCAGAUGCCACCAGCCGGCGGUGGUGUUUAUCGACGAGAUCGACUCUCUCCUCUCUCAACGCUCCGAGACGGAACACGAGAGCUCGCGGCGCAUCAAGACAGAGUUCCUCGUGCAGUUGGACGGAGCGGGGACCAGCGGCGAGGACCGUCUGCUGGUUGUCGGCGCCACAAACCGGCCUCAGGAGCUGGACGAGGCGGCCCGGCGCCGGCUGGUGAAGCGGCUGUACGUGCCGCUGCCGGACGCCGCCGCCCGCCGACAGAUUGUGGAGCGUCUGCUGAGCUCGCAGAGACACCAGCUGAGCGGAGAGCAGCUGGACGCCGUGGCCGCCGACACCGACGGCUACUCGGGGGCGGACGUGGCCAACCUGUGCCGAGAGGCGGCGCUGGGCCCCAUCCGCUGCAUCGGGCCCGAUCAGAUCCACGACAUCACCCCCGAACAGGUCCGGCCGCUGAUCUACGACGACUUUGUGGCUGCUCUGGCCAACAUCCGAGCCAGUGUGUCGCAGGAGGACCUGCAGAUGUACGUCGACUGGAACCGGCGCUUCGGCACCGGCGGAGCCAGGUAGCUGUCAGAGGAGGCGUUAGCUAGUGGGCCGAGGUAUCGGAGUGAUAGGAGACAAACGAGGGAGCGGAAAGGUAGUGGAGGAGGUAUGCGUGGGAACAGAACGGUGAGGGACGGGGAGCCGAAUGACCGCGUAUGAGGCAUACGUGGAAAUGGAAUGGCAGUGGAUAGGCGCCUAUGACCACCGCAGUCUGGGCGCCCUAAACCCCCAAUUCAUCAUCAUCGAAUGACGGUGGACGGGGGUGAAAUUGGGAGGCUGAGAAGUCACUGACCAUUGACCACACUGUUAUGAGAACCAAGGUGGACGGGGCUGCCAAAGACCGCCGACCGGUGUCUGUCGCAAAGGUGCGUUUGAACUUCGUUGUGAUCCUUGGUGUUUGCGUCCUAUGGCAAUGCAGUUUGUUCCGUGUGAGUAGACCCGUUUGCUUCAAUGGAAGCAAGUUGUCGUGUGACCUGAAAAUCUGUGAUAACCGGUUCAAUGCUGGAUGGCGAUUCAUUGGAAGGACUCGAGGUCUGCUGUAGUGAAUCGAUGCCUGCGUUGCGUUAUCUGGGUUAUAGAGUAUAAAGCGUCUUGCAUUUGCUGUCUGUCGAGUGCAUAUUGACUUGGACAUAUAGCAUCAAGCCAUAAAACAAAUGUUAUGCCAUUCCAACUAGUACUACUUAGCGUCUCUCUCAUUUCAUGAAACUUUAUAGGUUUUCUAUUUUCAAUAUAUAACACCCAUACUUU